AUGGGUUGCCCGCCUGGAAUCCAGAGCACCUUUGGGUUCGUCGUCGACGGUGCCUUCAAGAGAUUUGACUUAUUGGACCAGUUCAUCACCAACGAAGAAGAUGAUAUGCCGACCGAUCCUUCAGAUCUGGAACAAGUUAACCAAGUGACGGUGAGCAACUUCGUGAGACGAAUGAUUCGACAGAAUACCGGACACUUAGCGUUUGGGAUCCCGAAUGGACAAAAUCCAUGGGGUGAGGGCGGGAUCCGAUUCGACAUGAGUGUAUGGGUAGGCCGCGAGGGGUCGUGUUCCAUGUUGGACUUAAGCAAGGUCGAGGGUGCAGUUGUCACUAGGGACGCUGGGUUCUUCCUAACGCCCAAAAACCAUUACACCGAAAGUCUCGGUGUUCAUUUCAUCCGCCAAGGUGCUCGCCAGAUGAUCAGGGAUGACUGGGAGAAGCAAAGAAAGAAUAAGAAGGCGAAGCCCACGCGGACGAGGGGUGGAAGCAAGGUUUCUGCAUCAAAGGAGAAAGUGUCAGGGAAAACGGUGAAUGUCGUGACGCCCGAGACCAUUUUCCUGGGCAAAUGCGUACAACCGUCUCUGAACUCUCUCCAGCCCAAUCCAGAUGUAUCGACAGACCCGAAUCAAUGGCGGGCCGGGAAGGCUAGAAAUGUGACAAUGGUUCCUGCAGCAGCUGGUCAAAACAAGAGAAAACGAGGCGAAACUCACAGCCAGUAUGUUACAUCAACACCAGCGGAUCCCAAGGUAAUAUUUCCCUCUUCCAAUACCAAAGCGUCGCGAAUGCCUCCCCCUGUUAUCAAACGGCAACCCGCGUCAGUCCCCCAACCCAGAGCGGAUUUGAAAAGAAAAAGGGAGGCACUAUGCGAUACAGAUAAACCUUCAAGAAAGAGAAAUAAGAAAGAGCCCCCGGCUACAUCAGGAACGCAAAUACCUGUUCCCCCGGUUGAACGACAAUCCGCUUCGCUCCCUGAUGAAAGCCCCCAACCUAAAGCGGAUGGGAAAAGGAGGGAGUCUUCAUGCGAUGCGGACGAACCUUCAAGAAUGAGAAACAAGACAGAACGGCCAGAUACAUCGGGAACACCGGCGCUAUGGAGGCUUGAAGACGUCUUUGAGGUCAGUCUGUUGACGGAGGAUACGGAACUAGACGUAACAAACGGGACCCGUGGCACUGGACAGACUGGCACUGAUUCUAAGCUUUAG